UGUUGAUUGAGGAAAAAAUAUUCAAUAAUUUUGUCAUAUUAUUUUGUGCAUGAAAUUAUCUCAAACACCAAAAACCAGUACAGAACGACGUGGGCAUUUUAAUCGCCUGUCACUGGCUCUCGCACCACAUCCACACCUCUGACCUUUAAAGCACACAUAAGCAUUUAGAGGGAGUGAAAAGAGCAGCUUAGUAACAUAGUUCUUCACCAUCAGAAAAGGUUAUCAAAGAGAGGUAUCAAUGGCUCAAACCAUGCUGCUCAUGUCUAGUACUAGUGUAUCAACUAGCCAUGUAGUGAACUUGAAGAGAGGACACCCUUUACUCCAAUUCCAAGCUCAAGGAUUAAAGCCUAAACCCUUCUUUCAUUUCUUAUUGAACCCAUUCUCUGACAGUGUUGCUACUUCAUCUAGAGGUUUUACCACUUUUGCAGUCUUCAAACCAAAGACCAAAGCAGCUCCCAAGAGGGUUGCAGCACCACCAAAGCUAAAGGUUGAAGAUGGUAUCUUUGGCACCUCUGGAGGGAUUGGUUUUACCAAGCAAAAUGAGCUCUUUGUUGGACGCGUUGCCAUGCUUGGUUUUGCUGCAUCCUUGCUAGGUGAAGCGAUAACAGGGAAAGGAAUUCUAGCGCAGUUGAACCUGGAGACUGGAAUUCCCAUUUAUGAAGCUGAACCCCUUCUUCUCUUCUUCAUUCUUUUCACCCUCCUAGGAGCAAUAGGAGCAUUGGGAGACCGAGGCAGCUUUGUCGAUGACCCGCCUUCAGGCAUUGAAGGAGCAGUUAUCCCUCCUGGCAGAGGCAUCAGGGGUGCGUUGGGUCUCAAGGAAGGAGGUCCACUGUUUGGAUUCACAAAGGCAAAUGAGCUCUUUGUUGGUAGAUUGGCUCAGCUGGGUAUUGCUUUCUCAUUGAUAGGAGAAAUUAUAACAGGAAAGGGAGCUCUAGCCCAACUAAACAUUGAGACAGGAAUCCCCAUCAGCGAUAUUGAACCCCUCGUGUUGUUCAACGUUGCCUUCUUCUUCUUCGCUGCUAUAAACCCUGGGACUGGUAAAUUUGUCACAGAUGAAGAUGAAGAGUAGAUGCUUGUUCUUCUUACAAAUUUCAUGAACAACUUGUAAAAGCCUGAUACUUUUCUCUCUCU